UCUGGCGCGUGGCUGAGGGGCUUCGAGUCGGGGUCGGGGCUGUGCGGGACAGUAAAGGGGACUCACACCUGCCAUGUCCUCGCGGGGGCAGUCGGGCCCGGGCAGCCACGCGCAGGGCAUCAAGUUAUCAGCAGAGGUCAAACCGUUUGUCCCAAAAUAUGCGACGGUAACAGUGGCAUGGUCAGAACCCUCAGAAGCAUGUGUCUUGCCUAGGUACUUAACUACAUGCUACCCAUUUGUUCAGGAGCCAUCUAUGGAUAAGCAACAUGUGUGUACUGAAGAUGUGUCCUGGGAUGGCUCUUCAUCUUUCUCUCAAAGUACACCUCAUAGUGUUAUGAGAAGUGCUUCACUUGGUGAAUACUCCAACUCGCCUUACUCAUCUGAUGUUGCACCAAAUGUAUAUCCCGUAGCCAGCUCACGCUAUGAUCAUAAUGACUCUAAAUACCACAGUCGUUCCAAGAUAGCUAAGGACUACAUUGAACAAACGUGUCCAGUCAGACAUGGGACUAGGAAUAUUUCUAAGAAGAGUUCUAAAGAUGAUGAGCAGAAAUUGGAUAAAAACAAGCCUGAAGGAAAUGACACAUUUGACAAAAUGGCAAAUAGAAGAUCUCUUCAAACUUCUGCAUAUGGCAGAAGUUCUUUGACUCAAGACAGGUGUAAUAAAUUUGGGAACAGGAAAUCAAAACAGGUUCCAAAAAGUGAAAUUGUUCCAAAACCCGCCUUUCAAGUUACCCUUUCGGAUUUCCCCGAGUUGCAGAGUUUAGGAAAGGAUAAUGUACUGGACCUACCAAAACACAAACGUGGGCCAUCAAGUCCAGUUGAAGAUGAUGUUACGCUCCCACGACAACCACUGAGAAAGCAGACUUCUGCAUUGGGGACCACAAGGGAAGAAGCCUCAGUGCACAACAAAGCUGCAGUAAAAACCUUAACAAACAAAGAAGCUGGUUCCGUUUUCUCAUCUUUUGAUACUAGAACAGUACUUCCUCAAGCAUCUGCAAGGAGCUCCACUCAUUCGCAUUCAUCUUGGGCAACCAUACCAGCACAGCCUCCAAAAAAAGUUGUUUCAACACCAGCUUCUGAUGUUCUAUCCAGAAGCCAUUCUGACAGCAAGGAAAAACAAGAUAUUCGGGCAAAUAGUAAGAAGCUGAUUUCAUUUAUUGCGGUCUGUCAACAGCCGGAAACAAGAGAUAAUGCUAGUGAAACUGAGCCUGAAGAAGUGUCAGGAAAGAAAAAGAAAAGGGAAAAAAAGAAACCAAAACCAUCUUCUGAACUUCAAACUGAAAACAUCAUAGUACAAGCGCCACCAAGAAUUGAGGAUGCUGAAGAGUUCCCUGACCUGGCAGCUGCUUCUGACGAAAAAAGCAGGAUGAAAUCGCAACAUUCAUCUUGCAUUGCCCCUGGUGUCAUUGUGAAGCAGUGUGAAGUACUUCUGGCCAAAGAUUAUUAUGAUAGCCAUCCUCGAAAUGAUUCAACAACCCCUAAGUUGCAUAUAGCAGGAAGGAAACAAGCUGCAUCUGCUACCCUGGAAAGAAAGAAAACGCAGGAAAGUUCCAAGACCAGUGGUAAGAAGAGUCAGAUUCCAGUGAAGUUGGAUUUGGGAGAUAUGUUGGCUGUCUUGGAGCAGAAACAGCAAGCAGAGAAAUCGAAACAGUCCUCCAAACCUGUGGUGCUUUCAGUUGGUGGUGCCAUACCACUUCUUUCAAAGGAAGCUAACACGGUUACAAAAAAUCAGCAGUUGAACCAAGGAAAAACACCUCAUAAUCCACUGGACUCCAGCGCUCCUUUGGUAAAGAAGGGAAAACAGAGAGAAGUCCCCAAGGCAAAGAAACCAACACCGCUUAAAAAGAUUAUUUUGAAAGAGAGAGAACAAAGGAAGCAACAGCAUCUGUUAGAACAGGCUGCGAUUCCAAAAGAUAAAGACACUGUUCAUCAGCGUGUCAAAUCUUCUGCUGAAGAUCAGGCUCAGGAUACCAAAGCAGCUAUUACAGAAGAUAUUCCUGUGACGUCCCUUGAUGUGAUUCAAGACAGUUCAGAAGUACUUCUGGCAUGUACAGAGUUCAAAGAUUCGAGCAUAAGUGUUCCCACUGUAAACCAGCUAAACACCAAUCUUCCAAAAAUCCACAGCAGAAGAUUUAGAGAUUACUGCAGCCAGGUGCUUAGUAAAGAAGUCGACAGUUGCGUGACAGAUCUCUUAAAGGAACUGGUUCGUUUCCAAGAUCGCUUAUAUGAGAGAGACCCAGUAAAGGCCAAGACAAAACGCAGGCUUGUUAUGGGGCUUCGAGAAGUUUUGAAACACCUGAAGCUGAAAAAACUGAAAUGUGUCAUCAUCUCUCCCAACUGUGAAAAGAUUCAGUCAAAGGGUGGGUUGGAUGAGACUCUGCAUACCAUUAUUGACUGUGCUUGUGAGCAGAAUAUCCCGUUUGUUUUUGCCCUCAAUCGCAAAGCUCUAGGGCAUUGUGUGAACAAAGCCGUGCCUGUCAGCGUGGUGGGAAUUUUCAGCUAUGAUGGUGCUCAGGACCACUUUCACAGAAUGGUGCAGCUUACAGUGGAAGCCAGGACGGCAUAUAAAGCAAUGAUAGCAGCACUGGAGGAAGAGGCAGCUGAAGGAGGAAGUGAAAAAUGCAACAGCACUCAUGAAGAGAGUUUGCCAGAGACCAGUAAAGCACCCCAUGUGGAAUCUGAUGAUGACGUUCCAAAUUACAUUAAAAUCUGGAGGAGAAAACUUGAGGAGGAGUAUAGCCCUUAUGCGUUGGAAUUAGAAAAGAGUGCAACUGCGGAAAUGUUGACCUUGAACUUAGAAGAACCUCAGUAACCCUGCGCACUUCAUGGCCUUAACACUUUUUAUAGAGAUAUGCAAAUACUGGGUUCUCUGAAAUGAAUGUCCCAGCUGGGAAACAGGGUGUAGUGAAUAAAGUCUAAAUGUAGGAAACUUCUCAAGUUGGCUAAGCAAAAUACUCUGAUUCAUAUUGAAACAAAAUGCACACUGGACCAUUUAACUAAUUCUUAGGUUUCUGUGUAUGUGACUAGCUGAUAAAGCUGGUGAUGCUUCAUUUGUUUGUAGAGAAUGAACUUGCAGAGUGGAGGUAGGACAAGAAAAUUACUUGCUUUAACUCGGGACUACUUGAAAUAGCUAUUUCAAUACAUGGCACAUUAAGGGCUUGCUUGAGCUGAUCACUGCUAGUAUCUGAUGCCACACAGUAGGCUGAAAAACAGAAUUUCUGUCUCAUGGAAAAUCAAGUGUCAGGGGAAAAAAAUUUCAGUGGGGAUGAUGAAAAAUCUAUUUUCAAGGGAGAGAAAUUCUCAAAAAAAAAUCCAUAUUGAGAGAACUGAAUUGGACCAUCUCAGCUUGCAUUUGCUAAUCUGGAGGGCUUUUGUCAGUCCCCCCCCCCAACGGACAGAAAGUGAAAUUGAAAAGACUUUUACUCUCUGGCAACUUAGAAGCCACUGCCUUGGGUUUUCUUUUUCCUUGCAGAAAAGUCAAUGUUAUUAUUCAAAUUGAAACUUUCCCAUUUUUUUCCCCUUCUUGAAAAAAGAAGGGGGGAAAGAGGCAUCUUUUUCUGUUGGGCAAACCAGAAAUUUCCCAACAAGCUCUAGCCCCAAGUCACUAAUAUUUGUUUUUGGUGGGGGGAGGUCUGUUUUUUUUUCCCCCUCCCCCUUCGUCUUGUGGACUGGGAGCAGGAUAGAUAUCUCCCGUGUCUGGGUGCUUGAGGGGAGAAAGGCUGGAUCUGGUCAGGUGCUGUUAAGCAGCUCUGCAGGGCAAGAGAUUGAAGCUCCUCUGGCAAAAUCCCUCUCCCACUUUGUUUUACAGGAAAAACAGCAAGGGUACUAAGCUCUCCAAGAAAAGCAGGUAUCCUGUCUUCACAAUAGACUUAAUGUCUUCAGUUUCUUCAGUCACUUUGCCCAAGCCACAGAGGCAGCCAUUUCUGUGGUCUCUUAGUAUAAGGGAAAUAAUACAGGAUGUGCAUAGUUCCUUAACCAGUGUAUGUGGGGAGGGAUUUAGCCCCUUCCCAGCUGAACCUCUGGUCAUUCUUACUUUGUUAUUGCUUAUCUGCAAUGGUGAAUUAUGAUUUGCAUAAUGAAGUCAAUGAUGAUACUGUAAAUAUAUUAUAGCCAAGGCUCUGAUUGUAUAAAAUUGUCUCAAAUGUAGAGAAGUUUUCCAAAAACUGUGGCCUUACUUUUGAUAUAUAGAGUAGAUUUUCCUCUUUCAGCUAAUUUGAUGGAGCACUUUAGUUGGUGUUUCCUUUACAAACUGCAAGUAUACCCUCUUUCAAGAUGGGUUUCACUUGCAGAGGUGUGGGGGGGAGCUGAAUUCUGCAGAAGAGGAUUCAGAUGUGCAUCCAUUUUAAAGAACGAAAAUUAAAGUUGGGAUUUCAGUGUUCAUGAAAUGGGUAUGACUCAGAUGCUGCUGGUGGCUGUAGUCUGUCCUACUCUACUUCUAAAUGCCUUGAGUAGCUUCUGUUUCAGCUUUUCUAGCACUGCACUCCUCCAAACUAGUGGCCAGAGGGAGUGAGAGAGGUAAAAAGCAAACGAGGCAAUGAUAAAAAUGAGUCCUGAAAUUAUUUUGACGUGUAAAACUGAAGCCAUUUUGUAGCACGUAAGAGAGAAAUGAUCCGUUAUACCAUGUUUAUUAAACCAAAGUAUGGUUGAGCCAUCAUUUUUUUUAUAAGAUUUGCAUAACCCCUGUGCUGAGGGCCUAGCAUACACUUGCCAGAGGUAGAUGAACCAGAUGCUUAUGCUCCAGGGAAUCGUAUUGAUAAAGCAAGCAAAGCGCCUGUGCUUUGAAACUCAGAGCUCUUCACUAUUGAUGUGGUGAUUUCACUUUUACAUAGUUGUUUCUGACCUUAAAUGGACUCAAGGGUGCUAAGGGCAGAGUCUAACAAUACAAGUUGGCUGUGGCUGGCAGCAGAUAGCCAUGGUUCAUAGCUCUGGUUAGGUUUCUUGUGGGUGCUGAUAGGAACAUCAAUGGUCCUAUGUGAAGGUAGUGGUUGCUACAUUCUUUUUUGGUAUGUUUACAGCUGCUCCUGACACGCUACUUUUCUUUUAAGUCAUUGUAUGAAAAAAAGGGGGCCAGCAGCUGAAGAGGGUCCAGAACUUGUAUGGCUUAGCCUCUGCACAGCCUGUUUUCUGCUUCCAUGGUAGGGCAGAAAGGUGAUUUAAGAUAUGGACAGAUUAACAAAUGAUACCAAAUCAAGACCCUUCUUACAAUGAAACAGCCAAUGCAUGUUAAGUUUCAUGCUUUUAGGCUAUAGAAAGUAGAAGCUAAACCAGGGCAACUUAUCUUUGUGUCAACAUACCGUACAUUCUCCAGUUGAGAAGCAGAGCCUUUUGGCAUGAUGCGCAAAAUGAAAUUUUAGGAACUAAAAUAAAAAUUUUAGGAACUAAACUAGGUGACUGGGUAGGUGGGUCUUGCCACACAAGCACAGUUUCUUAAGGAGGUAUUUUCCCUUUCCCUCUUGAGUGGAUUAUAAUGGGAGAUAUUAACAAUAAGAUUUGCCUAACUAAGACGUUGGGUAGAUGAAUGAAUUAUAUUAGGUUUAAGGGGACUUAGUUCACGAUGGCUGUUCUGUAGUAAUACUCUGGUGUCUUGUAUACUGCAGCAGGUGCAAGCAAAGUUAGGGUAGCUUACCACCAAGUGAAACUAUUCUCAAAUGUAUUUCAUAGCUUGAAAGUCUACUGCUUACUGAAACCUCACUGCUGCCAGUCAAAACUUGUAUGUAGGGUUUUUUUUUUCCUUCUAUCAAGUGACAUUUAGAAAGUAAACUAGUUAUGAAAAGUCAAA